ACGCCCUUCUUCCCAUCAACCCUUUGAGUCGCUCCUCUGCGCCUUGAGCUUCCAUUUGUUGCAGACCUCGAGAGGACGUGGGCAAGUCGGCGGUGUCAUCGUUGCCUCUUCAGCCUUCCUCUUCCCUUCCCACGUUCCGCUGCUGGGAAGGAUCCCCCCCCUGCGCCUCUUUCCUUACGCGGAUAGACCCGCACCGCGACCAAGCACCACCCUCUUCCCUUCCCAUCACCACGUCCGCGUGGAACCUCACCCCUCACCCACCACCAGGAGUGGACGUUGGUAUCUCUCCACCACUCACACUUAGCACGACGCGAGCAAAGAGCAGCUAUUGGCCCAAGCACCAGCUUCAUCAGCAAUCAUGGCAGACACUAACGCAACAAUGGCAGAUAUCCGGUCGCGGAUUCAGAAGCAGCAGCAGAUGAUGAAAGGGUACCAAGCCUUGCGUUCUGCUUCGGGCAACCCAGACGUACAGAGACAAGCAGACUCCAAUAUCCGAGAUGCUCAGCGCAACAUCUCUUACCUAGAGGAGAGUCUGCAAGCAUUGAUCAAUCGCAGAGCAAGCUCAAUGGCACCCAAGAGCGGCGGCUCAGUAUCCAGCGGCAUCAGCUCCUCUGCCGGGGCUUACAGUAACGCCUCUUCAGGUGGAUCUACGCCCUUUGGUUCAUCCCAAGCCACGUUCCAGUCUUCCGGAAGCUCCAAUUCGAUCCAUCAGCAACCACAGCAUCAAGGUCCCGGGGGAGGAAGACCAUUCCCUGGCGAUGCUGCUUCCGCAUACCUGCCGCACCAACGGAAUCCCAAUGACCCCAGUGCUGGCGCCGGCGCAACGGGGUAUGCCUCGGCUGAUGGCUAUGGUGGAGGGAUGCAAGGACGGGGCGGAGAGUGGCAACCAGCGCCCAUCAAUAGGAUGGGUACUUCUGCUAAGCGCAACUACACUAAUCUUGACUUGAUCAAGGCCGAUACCCCGCUCACAACGGCCAAGAUCUCAAGGAUGCUACACCACAUCGAAUUCAAGCUGCAGAUCGAGAAGCAGUAUAAGCAGGGCAUUGACAAGAUGGCAGCACUCUAUCAGGCUGAAGGUGAUAGAAAGAGCAGGAGUGAUGCCGAGAGCAAGAGGGUAGAGAGCCAGAGCAAGAUUAUGCUCUUGCAACAGGCUUUGAAGAGAUACAAGCAGCUCCACGUAAUGGACGACGAGGCCGACAAUGAUGGACAGAGCUCUUCUAUCGAAGGGAGACGACAAGAUCUAAGAAAGCCCCUGUCAGGAACGCUACAGAUUUCCGUCAAGGCUGCUCGGGAUCUUGAACACGCCCCUACGCAAAGGCUGGGAAGGAGUGUGAGAGAAUCGACGGUUGUCUUCAAAGUCGAGGACGCAGCUCGCGCUCGUACCCAUCCUAGCAGGACUGAUCGAUGGCAAGAUGACUUUGAGUUUGCGGUCGACAAUGCCAACGAGAUCGAAGUCACAGUCUACGACAAGGUCGGCAGUGGACACCCAGUGCCCGUGGGUAUGCUCUGGAUCCGUCUCUCGGACGUCGUGGAAGAGCUGAGAAAGAAGAAAUUCGGGCAGCCUGGAGCAUCAGAUGGCGGAUCCGCGGCGGCCUCUGGGUGGGUCACUGCUGGUGAUGUGCAACAGCAGGCGGGUGGCAUGAUGGGAGGAGCAUCAGGAGGCUACCCUUCCUCGAGUGCAUCCGACUACUCCUUCAAUCAGCCAGCCGGAGCUCCCGUGCCACUUGGACCACCUGCAGAAGGUAUCGAAGCCUGGUUUGCAGUCGAGCCAGCGGGAGCCGUCUUCCUGCACAUCAACUUCCAGAAGCAAAAUAUUCAAAGGCGUGCCUAUGAAGCUCGACUGGGUCGACAGGGAGCCUUUAGGAAGAAGAAAGACGACGUGGCUGAGAUCAAUGGCCACAAGUUCGUCUCUCGUCAAUUCUACCAAAUCAUUCGUUGCGCACUCUGCGGAGAAUUGCUCCUCAAUGCCGCUGGGUCACAAUGCGAGGACUGUCGGUACACCUGCCACAAGAAAUGUGCUCAGAAGGUCGUCACGAAGUGUAUCAGCAAGAGCAACGCAGAGGCGGAUCGCGACGAGGUCAAGAUCAAUCACCGCAUUCCUCAUCGAUUCGAGCCCAUCACCAAUAUUGGAGCCAAUUGGUGCUGUCACUGUGGUUACAUUCUCCCCUUCGGUCGGAAGAAUGCUAAGAAGUGCUCGGAGUGUGACAUCACCUGUCACUCUGAUUGCGCACACUUGGUGCCAGACUUCUGCGGAAUGAGCAUGGAAAUGGCAAAUCAGCUGCUGAGCGACAUUGAAACGAUCAACCGUGUCAAGCAUACGGCUAAGCAGCAGCAGCAGCAACAGUCACAGCAGCAGAGGCAGCAAGGGCAGCUGCAAAUGCCUCCCAAGGUUGGCGCUCAACCGCCGCCGCAACAGCUGGGUGGAGGACAGGACACUGCCUAUGGGUACGGAGCCGGCCGACAACAACAGCAGCCCGGAGCUAAUGGAGGUGCAGCGCCAGUGGGAGGUCCCCGACCAUAUGACGCUCCGAUCGAGCAGCUCGAACAGCGAACGUCCCAGAUGGACCUUGCAUCUCGGCCAAUGGAUGGCCCGUAUGGUGGUGCUGCUGCUUCACCUGCACGACCUCGUCCCCCUCCUGGGGAUCCCGCAUAUUCAACUGGUGCCGCUCCUGGACCUCCCCAGUACGGCUUGCCGCCGCAAGACGGCGGGCCUCCCAUGGGUCCCCAAAUUGGGCAGGUCUUCAAUCAGCAGCAGUACCAACAGAGCGAGAUGGCCAAGCCUCCUCGCCCACUACCCCUACCAGGUACUGCUGGCCGACCGAUGGCGCCUCCUCCUGUCACUCAAGCUCCUCCGCCAGCUCAACAGCAGAUGCAACAGCAGCCUUUGCCGUCCGCUCAGCAGGCUCGUCGACCACAGCCGCCUGGCCCAGGGGCCAUGGUACCGUCUACCUCUGCUUCUUCUCAGAUCGUAGGCGCUGCCCCCGCGCAACCUCCUCGCAAUCCGCCCUCCUCGAAACGCAAGAUCGGCCUCAAUGACUUCAACUUCUUGGCAGUGCUGGGUAAAGGUAAUUUCGGUAAGGUCAUGCUCGCAGAAGAAAAGCGCUCAGGCAACCUCUAUGCUAUCAAGGUGCUAAAGAAGGAAUUUAUCAUCGAGAACGACGAAGUCGAGUCGACCAAGUCUGAAAAGAGGGUCUUCUUAGCGGCUGCUAGGGAAAGGCAUCCCUUCUUGCUCGGACUUCACAGUUGUUUCCAGACGGAGACGAGGGUGUACUUUGUGAUGGAGUACGUCAGUGGUGGUGAUUUGAUGUUGCACAUCCAGAAAGAGCAAUUCUCCCCCAAGAGGGCCAAGUUCUACGCCGCCGAGGUGCUGCUGGCUCUAGAGUAUUUCCACAAGCAAGGCAUCAUCUACCGUGAUCUGAAAUUGGACAACAUCAUGUUGACCCUGGAUGGUCAUGUCAAGGUGGGGGACUAUGGUCUCUGCAAGGAAGAGAUGUGGUACGGCAAUACGACGAGCACCUUCUGUGGUACUCCCGAAUUCAUGGCGCCCGAGAUUCUCCUGGAGCAACGCUACGGACGGGCGGUAGACUGGUGGGCCUUUGGAAUCCUGAUCUACGAGAUGCUGCUAGGUCAAGCGCCCUUCCGAGGAGACGACGAAGACGAAAUCUUCGAUGCUAUCCUGGAGGACGAGCCCCUGUACCCCAUCCACAUGCCUGCGGACUCGGUGUCGAUUCUGCAUCGCCUCCUCACGCGAGACCCCGCCAAGCGUCUCGGAUCAGGCGAGCGAGACGCCGAGGAGAUCAAGGCGCAUCCCUUCUUCCGGGAUACCAAUUGGGACGACAUGUUCCACAAGAGGAUCCCUGCGCCCUUUAAGCCUACGCUCAAGAAUCCCAGCGAUACGAGUUGGUUCGAUGCAGAGUUUACUAGCGAAAAGCCUACGCUCACGCCAGUGCAUAGCGUGCUGAGCGCGCAGGACCAGGAAGAGUUUGCCAGCUUCAGCUGGACGAGCACCACGAUUCUAUGAAUGAUGAGGGGAGAGGUGGAGUGAAGGAAGGGAUGUGUGCCGAGAAGAGUGGAGUGGGGGAUGUCUUUUGCCCGUGGUGUUGCCCACCCCCACUUUGCCAGCUCUUACUACUUGUGAACGAACAGUCAGUCACGACGAUGAUAAUGAUGCCAUGCCCCCUCUUGCGCUGUACUGCAACUCUUGUGAUGCUUGAGUGAAGGAGAGACUGACUUUGCAU